AUGGCCCCCAACUCAGUUCUUGUUCCGUUUAAUACGGCACAGCGACCUCAUUUCCAAAGCCUACAGCUUAUUCCUUUCAGCCAUGGGCUGAACGCGUAUGAUAUUUAUCAUGGCCUCAAUCAUGGCAUCGCUACCUCCUCGGUAUCGGGAAACAUAGCUUCUGAUGUUGGAAGUAUUAUCGAGGAAGGUCAAGCAAACGAAGGGCAUAUAAUCACUCAGAAUCAGGAUAGCUCAAGUAACGCUAACACGAGCCCUCCUCCCUUACUAUGCGAGUGGCCGGACUGCAAGCGGCCUGGUCCAUUCUCCAGCAAGGGGACUCUUAGGCGCCAUGUCAACACUCAGCACCUUGCUCCGCGGUCCUUCAAAUGUCCUCAUCGUGAAUGUACCAUGACCUUCAAUCGAAAGGACAACCUAGAUCAGCACUUGCGAUCCGAUGUUCAUUGGAAGAAGAUCUGA